AACCUUUGAGCUCUUCUACCUCUGAGGAAGCACGAUGGAAUCAGAUAGCAUGGGAAACGUGGGCACACACACACACAAACACACACACACUUCACCUGAUUCUACCUGCCGGUCUCCGUAGGAAAGGAGUUUCUGGGGGAGAGAGAAUGAGACCAGCUGACAGUCCAAGGAGGCCGUAAUUUUAGCAGACCUACCAAGAACAUUGAUGUAGGAGGCUUGUUAUUCUAAAUCCCGGAAGCCUUUUUAUUUUUUCUUUGGAAAGUACGUGAAGGGUUGUAAUGCUGCUUUGCUCCCCAAACUGGACAGCGAGGUAAACAAGAGCAGCCUCAACAACAGCGAGGAGCAGAAGCUCUCAUCCUGACCACCAUGGAGUUUCUUGAAAGAACUUAUCUUGUGAAUGACAAAGCCACUAAGAUGUAUGCCUUCACCCUAGACAGCGUGGAACUCCAGCAGAAAUCCUUGAAUAAAAAUCAAUGUCCUGGAGAGAAGCCAGAGGAGCUGGACUCAGGAGCCAUCUAUCACUGCCACAGCAACUCCAAGGCCACAGAGAACAGAGCAAACGAGCAAGUCUAUGCCAAGUGGAAACUCUGUGCUGCUUCAGGAAUAUGCUUCGUUUUCAUGAUUGCAGAGGCCGUGGGUGGGCACAUUGCUGGGAGUCUUGCUGUCGUCACAGAUGCUGCCCACCUCUUAAUUGACCUGACCAGCUUCCUGCUCAGUCUCUUCUCCUUGUGGUUGUCAUCAAAGCCCCCUUCGAAGCAGCUGACGUUUGGAUGGCACCGGGCAGAGAUCCUUGGUGCCCUGCUGUCCAUCCUGUGCGUCUGGGUGGUGACGGCUGUGUUGGUGUACCUGGCAUGUGAGCGCCUGCUGUACCCUGAUUACCAGAUCCAGGCGACUGUGAUGAUCAUCAUUUCAGGCUGUGCGGUGGCAGCCAAUAUUAUACUAAGUGUGAUUCUGCACCAGAGACAUGCUGGACACAAUCACAAGGAAGUGCAAGCCAAUGCCAGUGUCAGAGCAGCCUUUGUGCAUGCCCUCGGAGAUCUAUUUCAGAGCAUCAGUGUGUUAACCAGUGCACUUAUUAUCUACUUUAAGCCAGACUAUAAAAUGGCUGACCCAAUCUGCACAUUCGUCUUUUCCAUCCUGGUUUUGGCCAGCACCAUCACCGUCUUAAAGGACUUCUCCAUCUUACUCAUGGAAGGUGUGCCAAAGAACCUGAACUACGAUGAUGUGAAAGAGCUCAUCUUAGCGGUGGAUGGAGUGGUGUCUGUGCACAGCUUGCACAUCUGGUCUCUAGCAAUGAACCAAGUGAUUCUCUCGGCUCAUGUUGCUGCAGCAGCCAGCCGUGACAGCCAGGUUGUUCGAAGAGCUAUUGUAAAAGUCCUCAACGAUAGCUUUACUGUGCACUCACUCACCAUUCAGAUGGAAUCUCCAGCUGACCAGGACCCUGACUGUUUUUUCUGUGAAGAACCGCGGGACUAGUUCAGUCACAAUGUCAACUUCCAGAGUUCAAUGGCCCACUAUACACUGCUCUGCAGUUUCUAGAAUAUAAGAAAUAAAGAACCAAAGGAAGAAGUUUGAGAAAUUUGUGAUACAGUACAGUGCACAUUUUAUCCACCAAGAAUGAAGAUGCAUAUAGAUUCAUUAAUCAAUUGGAUUAUCAACUCAUCAGUAGCUGUGUUCAAUUACAGGAAUGUGUGUAUGGACUAUUCCUGACUGGGGCUGAAGUAACAGCUGUUUGUAACCACAGGCAAUAAAAAGUUCAUCUCCCUUCAGUGAUGUAUCCUGAG